AUGGGAGGCAAGGCGAAGCCAACGAAGCACACGGCCGGUGAGACGGCGCGCAAGAACCACCUAGCCACCACGAACAUGGGUGGUGGCUCGGCUGGUCUGGCGGAUCGCAAGGGCGGUGUGGCUGGUCACUCGAAAUUCAUCUGUAGGGUGUGCAUGGCGCAGGCCCCCGACCUCAAGUCCAUGCGCAUUCACUUCGAGUCGAGACACCCGAACCAGACCUUCAACGAGGACGACUUCGAGGAUCUGCAUGAGAAACACGGCGGGACGACGAGGGGGGUUGCCGUUCACGGCAGUCUGAAGAAGGACAAGAAGAAGAGUGAGUGA